CAAUGGAGGAAGAGAAAGGAGGAGGUGUGGUAGUGCAAAGUUUGAUUGAGACAGUGAACGAGAUAGCUUCGAUCUCAGAUUACAGAUGUGCGGUCAAGAAGCAGUAUUGCAAUCUAGCUAGGAGGUUGAAGUUAUUGACACCAAUGUUGGAAGAGAUUAGAGACAGCAAAGACUCCAUCAUCCCUCAACAAACUCUCAAAGCUCUUGUUUCGCUCAAACAAGCUUUGGAUUCCGCUAAAGAUUUGCUUAAAUUUGGUAGCGAAGGAAGCAAGAUUUACAUGGCCCUAGAGAGGGAACAAAUUAUGAAUAAAUACCAUGAGGUGACGGCUAAAAUGGAGCACGCUCUAAGUGGAAUUUCCUAUGACAGCCUUGGCAUAUCUGAUGAAGUUAAGGAACAGGUUGAGCUUGUCCUUGCUCAAUUUAGAAGAGCCAAAGGGAGGGUUGAUGCUACCGAUGUUGAGCUGUAUGAAGAUCUCUUGUCCCUUUACAACAAGCCUGAUGAUUCAGCAACAGAUCUAGCUGUCCUAAGAAGAUUGUCUGAGAAGUUACAAUUGAGGGGCAUAGCUGACCUUACACAAGAGUCUCUAGCUUUGCAUGAGAUGGUUGCUGCCACUGGAGGAGAUCCUGGGGAGAGCAUUGAGAAGAUGUCAAUGCUUCUGAAGAAAAUUAAAGAUUUUGUGCAAACAGAAAACCCAAACUUGGAUGCUCCAGCAAGAGAAAAGAAUCUUCCCCCAUGUGGCAGUGGACAAGCUUUUGUUGAUGGAAGUCACAAGACACCAGUUAUACCAGAUGAUUUCCGCUGUCCAAUUUCCCUGGAAUUGAUUAAAGAUCCUGUCAUUGUUUCAACAGGGCAGACCUAUGAACGUUCCUGCAUUGAGAAAUGGCUGCAAGCAGGGCAUGACACAUGUCCAAAGACACAACAAAAACUCACCAGUUCUGUUCUGACACCCAACUACGUUCUACGUAGCCUCAUAGCGCAGUGGUGUGAAGCCAAUGGCAUUGAGCCACCAAAAAGACCCAGCAGUUCUGGGUCGAAUAAAACUGUAUCUACUUGCUCACCUGCUGAGCGUGCAAAGAUUGAAAUUCUCCUCCACAAGCUCACAUCUGGCAGCCUUGAAGACCAGCGGUCUGCCGCUGGUGAGAUCCGUCUUCUUGCCAAGCGCAAUGCUGAUAAUCGUGUGGCUAUUGCUGAAGCUGGUGCAAUCCCUCUCCUUGUGGGCCUCCUCUCAACACCUGACUCUCACACCCAAGAGCAUGCAAUUACAGCGCUUCUUAACCUUUCUAUAUGCGAAGAUAACAAAGGGAGCAUUGUAUCAGCUGGGGCAGUUCCUGGUAUAGUGCAUGUGCUCAAGAAGGGCAGUAUGGAAGCUCGAGAAAAUGCUGCAGCCACCCUUUUCAGCCUUUCAGUUGUGGAUGAAAAUAAGGUUACAAUUGGUUCUUUGGGGGCAAUCCCCCCACUGGUGACACUUCUAAGUGAAGGUACACAAAGGGGGAAAAAGGAUGCAGCGACUGCACUUUUCAACCUGUGCAUCUAUCAGGGGAACAAGGGAAAGGCGGUGAGGGCAGGAGUUGUGCCCACAUUGAUGCGUUUGUUGACGGAACCAGGAGCUGGAAUGGUGGAUGAGGCACUGGCCAUUCUUGCAAUACUGGCUAGCCACCCUGAAGGGAAGGCAACCAUUGGAGCUGCAGAGGCAGUGCCAGUUUUGGUGGAAGUCAUCAGGAAUGGGUCACCCAGGAACAGAGAGAAUGCAGCUGCAGUAUUGGUGCAUCUUUGUUCUGGAGACCAGAAACAUCUGGUAGAGGCACAAGAGCAUAGAGUGAUGGGGCCACUGGUGGAUUUGGCACAGAAUGGCACAGACCGGGGAAAGAGGAAGGCUCAACAGUUGCUCGAGCGUAUAAGUAGAUUUGUUGAGCAACAACAGCAGGCUCAGGCCCAAACUGAGGCUCAUAUCCAGCAGCUUCAGCCUUCCUCCUUGGCUAAUUCUGGCGAUAGCUGA